CUACAGACAUCCGUGAGGAUUAACUGGCUGUACCACGUUGGAGGCCUGCUCAGGAGAGCUUACGUCUCCGUUGUCAUACCAGGCGUCAUCAUAACUCGAAGGCCUCAGGUCUCUUUAACACAAACGGGAGUUCUUCCUCAGGAUCCAACUUCCUCAGGAUCCAUCAUGAGCAAAGAAAUCGACGACCUCAUCGACACCAUGUCUAUGGCUUCCACGGUCGACGGGUGUCCCACCCCAACACACACAUCCGCCACCGAGACGGGUAUCGACAACCCUCUGCCGGUCGAGUCCGUCCCUAGCCCCGACGCAGUCUUUAUCAUCCGGCACCGCGACACGGGCAAAGUCAUCACCCUCAUCGACGGCGAGCUGCGCCUAUGCGAGGGCUUCAGCGCCCGCGGGGGCUUUCACUGGCACUGCGUCGAAAAGGACCGGUGGCUAGGCUUCCGCAAUUGCGUCUCCGGAACGUACAUCGGGCAUAAUGAGAGGAAGCAGUUUAUCGCUCGGGUCUCUCAUCACAGACCGCACGAGUUCUUUACACUGCGGCCGCAUCCACAAGGGGGCUAUGAGCUUCUGAUGAGGCACAACAAUGAGCUCUGGAGUAUGGAUGUUGCAGCGGGAUUACUGGUUGAGACCAAGGGCGAGGGGGCGCUGUGGGAUUUUCUGAAGACUUGA